CUAUCUAGCUUCUGCCAGAGCCUUAUUAAUGGGAAUAGAAAGCUAUAAGCGUAAGCAAUGAUCUCGUCUCACUACACUACAUAUAUGUUGUUGUCAAUCAUUCAAUCUAAACAAUUCGAGCUUAUUGUUAGGCAAUGUGAAUCAGGAAAAAUGUGCUCGAAAUAAUUUGUGCAUCAUGUUAAAAAGCAAUUCUUGCUUUAAUAUGUGCGAAAUGCAAAAAGUGUUUUAAAAUAAAGUAAAAACUUACUUUCAAAAAACAGUUUACCUGUUACAAAUUUUGUACAUAUGGCACAGUCUUAAACUUAUUCCUAUGAAACAUGCAAUCAGAGUUUUUCAUAGAAAAUUCAUCUAACUGACCACAAUCGGCUGGUUUAAAAUCCAACUCUUACGUAUGUAACAUUAGUUUUCACAAAUAUUAAUGUGACUGAAUACUGGCGUGUUGAUAUUAGUGACAAACCUUUUUCUUUUAGCAUAUGUAGUAAGAGCUUUUCAAUAGUGAUCUGACUAAGCAUAGUACUUUUCCUGCUGGUGUAACGCCUCAUUCUUGUAGUAUAUGUAACAAGAGUUUUUCACAAAGAAUUCCUCUGACUAUACACAGUUAUGUUCAUACUGGUGAGGAACCUUUUUCCUGUAGUAUAUGUAACAAGAAUUUUUCGCAAAUAAGUCGUCUGAACAAACACAGUUGUGUUCACAUUUUUGAGAAACCUUAUUCUUGUUGUUUAUGUAAUAUGAGCUUUUCACAAAAAAGUCAUCUAACUGAACACAGUCUUGUUUACAUUGAUGAGAGACCUUUUUCUUGUAGUAUAUGCAACAAGAGUUUUCCCAAAAAAAGUCAUCUAACUAAACAUAGUCGUGUUCACACUAGUGAGAAACCUUAUUCUUGUAGUAUAUGCAGCAAGAGUUUUUCACAAAAAAGUAAUCUAACUAAACACAGUCGUCUUCACACUGGUGAGAAACCUUAUUCUUGUAGUAUAUGCAACUAUAAUUUUUCUCAAAAAAGUCAUCUAACUGAACACAGUCGUGUUCACACUGGUGAGAAACCUUAUUCUUGUAGCAUAUGCAACAGGAGUUUUUCGAAAAAAACUGAUAUGACUAAACACAGUCGUGUUCACACAGGUGAGAAACCUUAUUCUUGUAGUAUAUGCAACAAGAGUUUUUCUCAAAAAAGUUUUCUGACUGAACACAGUCGUAUUCACACUGGUGAGAAACCUUAUUCUUGUAGUAUAUGCAACAAGAGUUUUCCCAAAAAAAGUCGUCUAACUAAACACAGUCGUGUUCACUCUGGUGAGAAACCUUAUUCUUGUAGUAUAUGCAACAAUACUUUUUCGCGAAAAAGUGAUGUGACUAAACACAGUCGUGUUCACACUGGUGAGAAACCUUAUUCCUGUAGUUUAUGUAAUAAGAGUUUUUCACGAAAAAGUUAUCUAACUAGACACAGUCGUGUUCACACUGGUGAGAAGCCUUAUUCUUGUAGUAUAUGCAACAAAAGUUUUUCGCAACAAAAGUCUCUAACUGAACACAGUCGAGUUCACACUGGUGAGAAACCUUAUUCUUGUAGUAUAUGCAACAAGAGUUUUACACGAAGAAGUUAUCUAACUAAACACAGUCUUGUUCACACUGUUGCAAAACCUUAUUCUUAAAGUAUAUUCAACAAAAGUUUUUUCGCGAAUAAGUUAUCUGUCUAAGCACAGUCUUGUUCACAUUAGUAAGAAUCUUAUUCUUGUGCUAUAUGUAAUAAGAGUUUUUCAUGCAGUGAUCUAACUAAGCACAGUCGUGUUCACACUGUUGCGAAACCUUAUUCUUAAAGUAUAUUCAACAAAAGUUUUUUCGUGAAUAAGUUAUCUGUCUAAGCACAGUCUUGUUCACAUUAGUGAGAAUCUUAUUCUUGUGCUAUAUGUAAUAAGAGUUUUUCAUGCAAAAGUCAUCUGACUAAACAUAGUUAUGUUUAUACUAGUGAAAAACCUUAUCUGUGCAGUAUAUUUAAUAUGAGUUUUUCACGUAGAGAUCAUCUGACUGAGUACUUUCGUGUUCAUACUGGAGAGAAGCCUUAUUCUCGUAUAUGUAAUAAGAAUUUUACAACAGUAAUAUAAUGAAACACAGCAUUGUUCGUACUUGUGAGAAACCUGAUUCUUGUAGUUAAUUCUUAACACCAUAUUCACUGUUGACACUGACCUAAUGUGUAUCACCCACUUCCGAAAUACCGGUUUGGAAAUUAUUGAACACGAGUCGAAAAGUGUAUUUUUCAAUAUUUUUGGGCCAUCUGUUUCCUAACUUGCUUUCCGGUUUUAGAUUUACAGCUUUAUUAACUGUGAUUGUUUUCAUUUUUCGCUGAUAUUUUUAAAAAAAACUUUUCUAUGAAAGAAUUAAAUAGAUUGUAGUGUCUAAUUAAAUUUGAAUCACUCUUUAUCUGGACAAAUGAAAAAGGUGUUAAUUUUUGUUUUACCAACUGAGUUGUAUAGAUGAGCAAAAGGAUCUAAGUAUUAUCAUUAUGAAUUUAGAUAUUUUAUUAUUAUGGAUAUCAUAAAGCUGCACACAAACAUAAAAAUAUUGUGUAGUUAAAAUUUUACCUCGCAUCAAGAUUUGUAUUGAUUGCACAAUAUUAAUUUCAGCAUAGUUUUUUAUUAUAUAUUAAAAAUAAUGUUUUUAGUUUUAUUAAUAGUUUUGUUUUAUGGAUAAAAAAAUUUAAAAUGCCAUUUGUUAUUUUCAUAUCUAAAUAUUGCACAUUGUUUUGCCUGUUCAUCCCUAUACUAUAUUUCAUUUUUGGGCAAGAUCUUUAAUCUCAAUAGAUGUCAUAGAGAUCUAUAAUAAUUUUAUUUAUUGCAUUCUUUUUAAAAUUUUAUAUUUCUUUCAAGCAUCAGUUGUUUUUUUUUCAUUAAAAAAAUACAAAUAAAAGCUAGUUAAAUUAUUUAUAAUCUUAUUACUUACACUAUUCAUUUGAUCUAUUAUUAUGGACACAAUCUGAAUUAUCUAAGUUUUUUUUUUCUGAGUGAAAACUUUUUUAAGUGCAACAAUGACUGCUAAUAAUAUUUUGAGAAAUAUACAUUAUAUCUUCUAUAGAAGAUAGUAACCCAGGAAAAUUUAGUUUUAAUUUUAUUAAUAAGCAUUUAUUUUAUAUAAAUUACUUAUAGUUACAUCUAGUUAUAAAUUGACCUCACUGAGCAUCAAAAGUAUUAAUUUUGAAAACAUAAACAAAUAAAAAUUUGCCUUCUGCGCACCUGCUGUUACUCGAACCGGGAAAUCUUCAGGUUAAAGUUAGUUCACUCUGGGUCCAACUGACACGCAGUUACAUACAUGGUGAGAUGAAAUUUUGGAAUCUAAUCUGGAUUUGCUCUCAUAAAACCUGUGGGUUAGUUUCCAUGGUGAAUAUGGUGUCAAGGAGAAUCUUUGUUAAGGAUUUUUAUGCUCACUGCUCUGUUCAUACUGCUGACUAAUUUUAUUCUCUUUGUAAGUUUAUACAGAUAAUGUUGAAAUGACCUGUUCACAAUAAUUUUCAUAAUCUCAUUUGUGUAACUUUAUUUAACAAUUUUUAUAGAAGAGUAGAGUAUAAGUCUUGUCCAGAGCUUUUAUUGUCGAAUCUGUUUGUGAAGAGGAAAAAUAUUUUUUUCUUUUAAUUCAGUUAGGCAGAACUGAUAUAAGACAUUCAAUAUCAUGAGACUUAGAAAUAGGGACUAUGAUUGACUGAAUGUUAGGUUUUCUUACUACGGCAUUCUGUUUGACAGCGAUCUUUAGUAUACAUUUUCAGAAUAAUGCUUGCAUAUUUUACUAUCAAAAUAAAAAAAAUUUUAUAAAAAUUAUUUUGAUCAAAUUUUAAAUGUAAUUGAUACAAUUAAAAUUUGUCUAACCUACAAGUUAUAUCAUCUUAUCAGAAUGUUUUAUACAAUGUGUUAAAACUGUAAUUAGAAUUCCUUUUUCAAUGUUUUUGAAAUGAAUUAAGAAAUAAAUUAUUUAAAAUAAAUAAAGUAUCGGAAUCAAUAAUACAUUAUUUAGUUUUAAGCAGAUAAAAUGUUAUUCUAUACAUAUUUUUUUUAAAUUUUAAAAUCCAUAUUAAGGCAAUGUAGAAUUGAACAGAAUGGAAGAAAUUUGCCUGAGGGAAGAACACGGGGAGGAUUUUCGACAUGGGGAGGAAAAACUCCCACGGUUAGCCUUAUUGCAAAAGAACUCUAGGCCAUGAUCCGUCUACUACUAAAGAUAUUUUACGUCAGCAUUGUGGUCAGUGCAAGCUAGUUUCGGAAUUCGUAUCGACUUAAAGUUGGAAACAUUUCUGUUUCUUUUAAAAAACUGAGAAUAUUUUAUUAAGUUAAGGUAGAAAAAUUAAUGCAAACUUUUUGUUACCUUUUAUGUAGAUAUAUAUGGAUUACAAUUAUGGAUUAAAAUGAGGAAAAUAGAACUUGAAAAUCAAAACAAAAGCAUAGAUAUUGAUAAAAAGUCUUAAUCCUAACAGAAUAUACAUACGAUUUUGUUUGUUCACUAGAAUUAAAUUAAAACAGGAACCUAGAAAAUUUUCACCAGCAGUAAAUUUGGCGGAACGCUCUGUUGUUUAAGAUUGCCAUAUUUACAGUCACUGGUAUUGCACUUUCUAUGCAUAUAAAAUGGAUGUAUCUCCUUAUUUACUGAAAAAGAGCUAAUAUAGAUUUUAAAAUGCAGUCGGACUUCUAUUUAACGAACUUCCAUUUUGCGAAUUUUUAUAUUUUGUGAAUUUUUUUGAGGAACCAAGGACAUUUUGAAGAUUUCUUUGUAAAAUAACUUUCAAAUAGCAAAGCUAAUUUUCUAUUUAACGAAAUUUAUGGCGAUAUUUAAGGAACAAUUUCCCUAUUUAACUUCCACUUUCCCUAUUUAAAAUUACUUUGCAGUUAUAAUUUUAUACAUCAAAUACAGUCAAAAUUUUAUGCAUAAAUUUAGCUGUUUUUUGUCGAAAAUGUAUGUAACGUGACAGUGUAACACUGGAAAAAGUUUUGCUUUAUUCUUGUUAACCAUGCAGAUUUCUUUUAUACUUAAGAUUUAUAAAAUAAAAAGGAGAUGCUAGUUUACACGCUAAA